CACCACUGUUCCCUUCCCCUCUCCCUGAGGAGAGACCUCUUUGUCUUCUGUGUUGUUGCACCGAAAAGAAAAGGGUUGCCAAAAUAAAGCAAAGCAAAAAGCAGCAGCACACAGAGAGAGAGAGUGAGAGAGAGAGAGAGAGAGACUUUGAAAUCCGCAAUCAUCUUCUCCUUUUAGCACAACUUGCCGCCUCUCGCUCUCUCUCUCUCUCCCUAGUACUGUACAAUGUGAUUCGAGCCUCAAAUGGGGAGCACGAGGAGGAGGAGGAGAAGAAGAUGACUACGAAGAAGAAGGGAGAGUGAGGAGCUCGUGCCCCCGUCUCUCGCGAGAUUCCAGCUACAAAUGCGAGUUCUUGACUGAGAUCUAGCGUCGAUCCGCGCCCGGGACAGUGAAGUUCUGAGCAUCCCAAUGCGUGUUCUGCCUUGUUCUUACAUCAAGUUCUCCCUGAAUUGUUUCUGGAAAUAGGUUGGGCGAGCUAGGGUUCUAAAAUGGAGCAGUAUGAGGUUUUGGAGCAGAUAGGGAAAGGGGCAUUUGGGUCAGCUCUACUGGUGCGGCAUAAGGUUGAGAACAAAAGGUAUGUCUUGAAAAAGAUCCGUCUAGCUCGCCAGACCGACAGGACCCGGCGGUCUGCCCACCAGGAGAUGGAGCUUAUUUCUAAAGUACAAAAUCCAUUUAUUGUGGAAUACAGAGAUUCCUGGGUUGAAAAGGGAUGCUAUGUAUGCAUCGUAAUAGGUUAUUGUGAGGGAGGUGACAUGGCUGAAGCCAUAAAGAAGGCCAAUGGACAUCUUUUUCCCGAGGAGAAGCUUUGUAAAUGGCUAGUCCAGCUCCUUAUGGCACUUGAUUACCUGCAUAAGAAUCACAUUCUUCACCGUGAUGUUAAGUGUUCAAACAUAUUUCUCACAAAAGAUCAAAGCAUACGCCUUGGUGAUUUUGGGCUUGCUAAAAUUUUAACCUCAGAUGAUCUGGCUUGUUCAGUUGUUGGAACUCCUAGUUAUAUGUGUCCAGAACUUCUUGCUGAUAUACCUUAUGGCUCUAAGUCUGAUAUCUGGUCUCUAGGCUGUUGUAUCUAUGAGAUGACUGCCCUCAAGCCCACAUUCAAAGCUUUUGAUAUGCAGGCUUUGAUAAACAAAAUUAACAAGUCCAUAGUGGCUCCUUUACCAAGUUCAUACUCUGGUCCAUUCAGGGGACUCAUUAGAAGCAUGCUAAGAAAAAGCCCUGAACAUAGGCCAAGUGCUGCAGAACUGCUCAAGCAUCCACAUCUUCAACCUUAUGUGCUUCAAGUCAACCUAAAGUCUAGCCCUAUGCGGAAUAUGCUCCCUAUCCACCAUAUUACAACCAAUCACAUCAGAAAAAUCAGAUUUCAGGAUGAUGCAGAUGAUUCGGUGCAUAAGGAGAAACGAAAAUCUUUCGGCAAUGAGAGAAUCUUAAAACUGAACAAGACUGUGGAGCAGUACUCCCUCAGUUCAACUCAGACUGUUAAAGAUUUUCCUAAUUAUCUGAACCAAAGGGUAAGGAACCUUUCAACUGGCAGCAGUCAAGUUGGGGAGAUAGGUAUUGACAAAGCAAUCGAUGGGAAGUACUCAAAUAUCCUGAAGACACCAAGACACACGCCUACUAAAAACUUCACAACUCCAAGGACGCGAGUAGAGUCCUCAAAGGCAUCACAUACUGGACCGAAGCGUGAAUCGUUUGCAUCGCAAACUCCAUCAGAUAGAAUUGGUCAAACCACUCGAAGAGCAUCUCUUCCUUUACCAACAUUUGAAACUCGUCCAAAAUCAAGUCUCGGCAGUCUCCGCCGAGUGGAAUCCCCUGAUGUGUCUGUCAACUCCCCUCGAAUAGAUAGAAUUGCAGAAUUUCCAUUAGCCUCAUACGAAGAACCCCUAUUAUCUAUUCGUAAACUUUCUUCAGCUCAUGGCUCUUCUUCAGCCACUCCACACUAUGGAGAUCGUUCAAUCACCAAGGAUAAAUGCACGAUCCAAAUCUUCCGAGUGGAAGGUGAUAAUGGGAGUGAUUCUUCAGAUCGGAAUCCGACAGCCGCAGAUGCUUCAAGCCGGGGAUCAUCAGAAUCAAGGCAGCGGAGGUUUGACACCUCAUCAUACCAGCAGCGGGCGGAGGCCUUGGAGGGACUGCUGGAAUUCAGUGCCCAGCUGUUACAACAGGAGAGGUAUGACGAGUUGGGGGUCUUACUGAAGCCAUUUGGUCCUGGCAAAGUCUCCCCCCGAGAAACUGCAAUAUGGCUGACCAAGAGCUUCAAAGAAACCAUACUGUAACUCAAUAUAUUAGGCCUAGUGUCUUUUGCAUAGAAACCCAUCUUAAGAUGCUCAUAUACCAUACUCUUUGAUACUAGAUUUUAAAAUUGUUGAAUCAGUUUUGUGAUAUGAAGUAGCUUGGUAGGCUGACAAUUUAGCUUGAGAUUAGCUGCUGAUUCUCUUUCGAACAAUGCAUGUACUAGCCUCGAGAUUAGCUUGAUACUCAAAUGUUACAAGAGCCUCUUUACCA